AUGAUCUCUUACGACUCCAGCCGUCGCAUUGUCCGCCCUCACAUGAGGCGCUGGUCGGUCGUCGCGACCUGUGCCCUGUUCAUCUGCCUCGGUCUGUUCGGCCUUGCCGGCCCUGGUACCCGGGUAAGUGCCCAGGCCGAAACCGUCCUGAAUGUCCGUGUCGAAAAGACCAUCAGUCCGGUCAAGGUCCGUGUGAUCAAGCGCGCCGUGGACCGGGCCAACGAAACCGGCGCUCAACUGUUGAUCAUCGGCCUGAAUACCCCCGGUGGUCUUUACGGCAGCACUCGUGAGAUUGUCGAGAUCCUCCUCGGAUCCCCCGUCCCCGUCACCGUGUUCGUCUCGCCGCGCGGAGCUCAGGCUGGCUCUGCCGGGACUUUCAUCACCGCCGCCGGCCACGUCGCGGCCAUGACCCCGGGCUCCAAUAUUGGCGCCGCCACUCCCGUUUCCGGCUCGGGCGAGGAGAUCAGUGAGACCCUAGCCGACAAGGUCACCAACGACGCGGCCGCCCUCAUCCGCGCCAUCGCUGAAGAGCGUGGCCGGAACGCCGAUGCGUUGGAAGAGACGGUGCGCUCCGCUGCCUCUUACAGCGCCACCGAAGCCCUGGAUGCCGGUAUCAUCGACCUGAUUGCCGAUGAUACACCCGCGCUCCUCGCCGCUCUGGACGGCCGGUCAAUCGCUACCGUUUCGGGCGAGCGGACGCUGGAACUCGCUGACGCCGAGGUGAAGGAGCUCAAACUGCAGUGGCGAGAGCGUUUCGUCGAAUUCAUCUCCAAUCCCAACAUCGCCUUCCUCCUUCUGUCUCUCGGCAGUAUCGGACUGAUCAUCGAAAUGCUCACGCCGGGCGCCCUCGGUCCCGGCAUCGCCGGCAUCAUCUGCUUGGGCCUGGGGUUUCUGGCCCUGGGAAACCUGCCGUUCAACUGGGCCGGUGUGGCGUUCAUUCUAUUGGCCCUCGUCCUCGCGGCUCUCGAAAUCUUCGUGUCGGGAUUUGGUGCGUUGGGGAUCGGCGCCGCGGUGAGCCUUGUGGUCGGCGGACUGUUGCUGUUUGGCGACUUCGGAGGGGGCCGCAUUUCUCCUCCCAGUUUCCCUUCGGUGUCGGUGAACCGUUGGGUUUUGGUCGGGGUCGCUGGUGCGCUGCUCUCGGUAGCCGGCUAUUUGGCCUACGAAGUGAUCAUGUCACGACUGGGACGCAGACAUUCCGGCUCCCGAACCUCCGGCAACGAUAGCGAUGGUCGCAGUUCGCCCGGGCAUCUCCUCGAGCAGACCGGCGUCGUCACCAUGCCCUUGCAGCCGCGGGGCGUCGUAGCCCUGGGCAAUGAGACUUGGACGAGCAUCAGUAGCGACGGCCUGACGAUCCCCGCCGGUCGCCGCGUCCGUGUGGUCGCCGUCGAUGGCUUGGUCCUUACCGUUGAGGCUAUGGGGGGACCAUCGACCGUCGAAGGCCAGGAAUGA